AUGGCCGCAAAGGUGCUCAUCGCCUGCACGUCGGGCACGCAGCUGCUGGAUGGGCGCCCAACAGGGUGCUGGGUCGAGGAGGUGGCCACGCCUUACCUGCUGUGGCGUGAGAAGGGCAUCCAGGUCGAUAUCUGUUCGAUCGCUGGCGGGGCAGUGCCAUGGGAUGCUUCCAGCACCUCGGGCGACUUCUUCACAGCCCAGGCCGCUGCGUUUCUGAACAAUGAGACUGCUGCCAAGCUGAUCAAGGAGACGCCCAGUGUGGAGGAGUUGCUGGCCCGCGGGAUCGACUCCUAUGAUGCCCUGUUCUUGCCAGGAGGACACGGAAUCGCGAUAGAUGGCACGUCUGACAGCCUCAAGCAGCUAGUAGAGCAGUUCUGGGGCGCCGGCAAGGUGGUUGCGGGCUUCUCCAAUACCGAGGAGGUAGCGGUUGGCAAAGACAAGGCAGUGCCGUUCCUGCUGGAAGAUCGCAUGAAGGAGCUGGGUGGAGACUAUGUGCGUGGCCCCGACUGGCACCCUUUCGCAGUUGCAUCUGGUAAGUUGGUGACCGGCCAAAACCCGCAAUCGUCGCAGAGGGUGGCAGAGCUGGUGGUUGAGGCGGUGCUGCCUGCGCUGAAGGAGCCGGUCCACGGCAAAGGCCCGCACGAGGGGUUUCAUCAUAGGGAGAAGCCCCACGAGUCUGACCACUACCACGAUCACCGCGAUGAGCAUGCCCGCCAGGGCGCCCGCCACGACGCGCCAGACCCCGCCAAGGCCCGCAGCUCCUGGCACCAGACCUACCGCCCGCCCAUCUAG